UAAACGACCGUGUUGGCGUCGUCUGCAGUUACUGAAGUGCUGGCAGAGGUUUCAUCCGCCUCUGAGGAGUGAACCGGGAAAAAGUAAAGUUUCUGCAGCACGAACAAUGGCUUUACUUUGUGUUCAUGUUUUAAAAGGUAGUCGCUUGUGUUCCCUCUCUGCACAUUUGACUCGAAACUUUCAGGUGAGCAAACAAGCUGGACACCGCGUGAGAAAGACCGGCUGGCCUGUAUCCUCGAAGUCCAGCAGUCGUAAUGUAUACUUCGGAGCCACUCCACGUCUUUCAAGUCGUGGCAAUGGUGGGGCAGUGUGUUACAAGAUUAGUCCCCAAAUGACCUUCCCCCCGCAGUCUGGCCCUGUCCUGACCCAAUGGGGACACCAUUUCCACACCUCAGCUCCAGUGAGGGCUCUGCCUGCUGCUCCUCUCGUGUGGCUAGUGCUCAAACCUCUGCAGAAACUCUUCGCUAUAAUACUGGGCAGGAGUAUAAGGAAGUGGUGGGUGGCACUACCAGACAACCGCCGGCAGCUGAUGCGCGAAUGGGCCUGGCAGCGCCGCUGGCGUCUGGCAGCAAUAGCAGGUGUUGCCAUGGUGAUUGUAGCCCUCCUUCUCCUGACCCACCUGGAUGAGUCCCCUGUGACUGGACGCACCCGCCUCCUGGUGUUCAGCAGACAGAACUACAUGGAGUUGGCAGCUCUGACAUCGGAGGCGUACAUGGAGGAGUUUGCAGAGCUGUUGGUUCCAGAGACUGACCCUCGUCACCAGGUGGUGGAGCGGGUGGUGCAGCACCUGGCGCAAAGAAACAAGGACAUCCCUGAAAUGUCUGAGGUCACCUGGAGCGUCCAUGUUGUCCAAAGCCCCAACACCAACGCCUUUGUCCUUCCAAACGGGAAAGUGUUCAUGUUUACUGGGAUGCUGGAUGCUGUGACAGAUGUUCACCAGCUCUCCAUUGUCCUGGGACACGAGAUGGCUCAUGCAAUACUGGGACACUCAGCAGAACAGGCCAGUCUGUCCCAUGUCGUGGACCUCCUGUCCGUUGUGUUGCUGACAGCCAUCUGGGCCAUAUGUCCUCGAGACAGCCUGGCACUUCUGGGACAGUGGGUGCAAGACAAGCUCACACAGUUCAUGUUCAACCGUCCUUACAGCAGGAAACUGGAGGCUGAAGCAGACCAAGUUGGACUGCAGUUGGCUGCAAAGGCGUGUGCAGAUGUGCGAGCGGGGCCUGUAUUCUGGCAGCAAAUGGAACUCAGAGACCAGUUGAGUGGAGAGCCCACCCUCCCCGAGUGGCUGUCCACACACCCAUCACACAGAAACAGAGUUACUCAGCUGGACCGCCUCAUACCACAGGCCCUGGAGUUGAGGGAGAACUGUGUCUGCCCUGCUCUACCUGCCACUGACCCACGUACUGUGUUCUCCAAGAGCGUCCGUGUGUUGCUGGAAAAGGCUAAUGACCAGGGGAGAGUAGGGCCAGGGGGGUCACUCAAGCCCCUUCCCCGCAGCCCUGCCAACCUACCUGCUGCUCUGCUUGCCCAAAAUAUACUUCCUUCUUCUCCGAAUGUGGAGCAAGAGAGCAAAGGUCCAGUCUCAGUCUCAACCUCAGACAAAGCUGUGGCGCUUCCUGUUCUUGCUGAGGAACAGCAUGGGGAGCAGAGCAUCAGCUGACAGGAAUGAUAAGAUCCCACAAACUUCUAAUUUUUUAACAAACUGGCUUGAUGAGUGAGUGAUUGCUUUACUGGUCAGUAUUAGUCACUUUGCAGAACCGCUGACUAUUUACUGCUGCUGAAAGAGUUUUCUUCCUUGUUGUCUAUCAAAUUUCAGAGCCUCUGGGUGCACAGGUGGUAAGGGUUGCUGUUGCUGCUUUAAAGACUCAUACUGGUUGGACACUGGUGAGGGUGGAGCUGCCGAUGGUAGUGAGAAAAAAGAAGCCAAGUCAAUCAGUCUAAACUGCUGGAAAAUUAUGGGAAAAAAAUCAACAAAAACCUCACCUUUCCUUUCACUACAACUACUACUGACUGAACCUCAGAGAACGUUAACCAUGCCGAGUGACUACAAAGAUGCCACAUUAAUUAGAUAACCUCAGACGAGCAAAUGCUGAAUUGAUUAGCAAAGCUCCCAUACAAUGCGAGAUUAAUAUGUGCAUUAUUCAUCGACACACGGCAACAGACGAGAGUAAGCACUUUGUGUGUGCAUGUUGGAGGCUUGGUCCAUGGCAGGCAGAGGACAUCUACAUUCUCAUUACGACUGCUGCAUUCUCAUGCCACACACACUGCACUUACGCAUUCUCUAGCCUGAGGGACUUAAUGGUGUAAAUUUAUGCUGGGUUGUUUGCAGGUUCUAAAACGCCAUUUUUUUUUUUGCACAGGGAUGCCAAUAUCCACCGUCAAGCUUUGAGAAAUUUUUCAUGGAAUUUUGUAAAAAUCGUAUUUAACAAGGCAAGUUGACUGAGAAAACAUUCUUAUUUACAGCAACAGCCUGCAAGCACUGUCGUCGAUGACAAGAGGAGGGCAGUUAUGGUUCACAUCUUGGUAAUCUUUUGUGUGUGGUUAAUCUUUUGUGUGUGUGUGUGUGUGUGUGUGUAUGCUGAAACAAAUAGCACACUUGUUAUACUGUGAAAUCAAAAGGCGACUACUGUGUUUUCAUUUGGGAUAAAUUAUUUUAUUUGUGUCAUGCAUCUUAGGAGCUGAGCCUGUAUCAGCUUAUGAAACAUCAGUCAACAGUCAGCGGAAGCUUUAUUCUACUGCUAACAGGGUAGGUCUUUAUCAGAGUCAGUGUCUACAGGUGUAUUAGUAUGUAUGAGUAAGUGGGCAGUAAUAGGAUUUGUGCAAUACUGUGCAAUGAAGAGCAAAAGUGAAUAUUGUUUUUUGCAUAUCAAUAAUCAAAGCAAUAGCCA